CUCAUCUCGCAACGUUCGCGCGCGUCUUCGUCCUCGUCGUCGUCGUCGCCGUCGCCGCCGCCGCCGCCGUCGUCGUCGUCGUCGUCGUCGCCGCAGCCGUCGCCGCCGCCUUUGCCAUCGUUGCCACCACCAUCACCGCCACCGUCGCCGCCGUCGUCGUCGUCGUCGUCGUCGUCACCGUCACCGUCGCCGUCUUUACCGCUGUCGCCGUCAUUGCCGCCGUUGCCGCCGCGUUGUGUCGUGUCGUGUCGUGUCGCAUCCUCCUAUACCAAUUAUUUUCUCUCCUUCCUUUCUCCCUACUACAACCCUGCCCGCCCGUCCAUAUCCAUCCGUGUCACUCGCGCCACACACUGCAAAGGAGAGAUAUACUUUGAGAGGAAAAACAGAUUGUAAGAGAGAGAAAGAGAAAGAGAGAGGGAGUGAUAGUUAAAGAAAGAUAGAGAGGUAGAGGUAGUGAUAGACAGAAAGAGAGAGAAUAUAGAGUCGCGCGGUAUACGCGCUCGUGUCGUCAUAACACCGUGCGUUCCGUUCUGAAAAAUCUUUUUCUCGGCCUCGAGCCCGGUGGCUAAACGAUGGCGUUCAACGGGGACGGACCACACUCGAAGAGGCAACGACUCGAAGAAUCUGGACACAGGGAAAACAGGACGCGCUGAUAAAGUAUUUCCGAGUUAUGUGUCUCGGAAAAUCUGACGAUUUCUGUUGAUUAUCGCAAAUUUGAAAGUUUCACAAAAAUCCCGUGAUGGCCUUCUCUUCGUAUACCGGUUCGGAUCAAUACUUUCGUCAACCACUUGACAAAAGAAAAGCCCGUGGAGAAAGGAAUGCCUUCUCGAAUCACGAGUACGGUGGAUACGGAGACGAGCCACGGCGAAAGAGAGAAGAUAACAAUAAGCCGAAUCACGUUCUCCUAUUUACAAUCAUCAAUCCAGUAUAUCCCAUCACUGUGGAAGUUCUACACGCCAUCAGUGCGCCCAGCGGGCAAGUUCAACGCAUCGUUAUCUUCAAGAAGAACGGCGUUCAAGCCAUGGUGGAGUUCGACUCGGUAGAAUCAGCCACAAGAGCAAAAGAAACGCUUCACGGGGCGGACAUAUAUUCUGGCUGUUGCACCUUAAAAAUUGACUUUGCUAAGCCGACGAAGCUGAACGUUUACAAGAACGACGCCGAGAGCUGGGACUACACAACGCCUACGUUGGGAUCGACCGCGCAUAAGAACGAUGCGACGGGUAACGGAAGACCGGCGCCCCUCUUGGCGGAACCCAGAUACGGUGCCGCGCCCCAACCAUACGGAUCCACACCACAGGUGACUUUCCCACCCGGUGCCGGCCACGAUCGUUACGAGGAAAGCUUCAAUGGACCAGCAACAUAUGCGGAACCAUACGUUGAACGUUAUGGCAUUAAAAGUGAUUUCAGUGGUCGAGAGCCAUUACAUCCUACGCCACCUCGACCUGGUUAUGUACCCACUUUAGGACAAACCCCACCGUCUAGUACCCAAGGAUCCGUAAUGAUGGUGUAUGGUUUACAACCGGACAAAGUCAACACCGAUAAACUUUUCAAUUUAUUCUGCCUCUAUGGAAACGUAACGAAGGUAAAAUUUUUGAAGACGAAAGAGGGAUGCGCCAUGAUACAAAUGGGCGACAGUAUAGCCGUAGAAAGGUGUUUACAAAAUUUGAACAACGUUACGAUUGGUACGGACGGUAGGCUGCAGCUAGGAUUUUCUAAACAGGCUUUUCUAUCGGACGUAACAAACCCUUACAUAUUGCCGGACAAAACGGCUAGCUUCAAAGAUUUUACAGGGAGUAAAAACAACAGGUUUUUAAACCCGGCUAUGGCCAAUAAGAACAGAAUACAGCCGCCAUCGAAGAUAGUCCACUUUUUCAACACGCCCCCAGAUUUGACGGAGGAAACUGUCAAUCGUGUAUUCGUUGAGCGCGGUAUUGAGGCACCAACGACAGUGAAAUUGUUUCCCCUAAAGUCAGAACGAUCCUCAUCAGGCCUAAUCGAAUUCAGUAGCGUUGGUAUCGCGGUAGCGGCUAUAAUGGAGUGUAAUCACACGGCAUUGGAAAACAGCAACGGGAAAUUUCCUUACAUCAUGAAACUGUGCUUCUCCUCCUCGCGUACUAUACCCACCAGCUUCCCACCAAGCAGCGGCAGCGUGUCGAGCAAUUCCGCCGGUAAUGGCCACGUCAAAAUGCAGCAGGACUCGGAAUAGAACGGCGAGGUCCAGGGCCAGCAGCGUCAGCGCCAGCGCCAGCGCCCCUCUCUCGCCCUGCACCCGUUGUGUGCCCCCGUUGCGACGAGCACGGCCCUGCACCCAGCCACAGCGAUAACCCUAUCCCCGGUAUUGCCACCGCCGCCGGUUCCUCCUCCUUUGCCACCUGCUUGUCUCCUAAUAGCAACGCCAACUUUAUAUCCAACUGUACCACCUCCCCCGCCACCUCCUCUGCCAACAUUCUGGCCUUACUGAGCAUCGCUAAGGACGUCUCCUCAGGUAUUCUAAGGAGAC